AUGUAUUCUCAGGACAUACAUCAUCCCAAGUUAUCAAGUGCUGCUGGUUUUGUGAAAAAAUUGCAUGAUCUUGCAGUUCAUAAGAGGGGUUAUGUGGACUUACAAGAGAUGGCAAGGGCAGACGGUCUCUCAUGCAAUUAUGGAACCACUCUUCCAAAAGACCCAACUUGGAAUUUGCCUUGUAGUUGGAUAGCAGCGGACCCCUCUACAUUUCUAAUCCGUGGAAAGACUUAUCUAGAAGACCAUAAGAAGAUUAAGGCAAAAGGUUCAUUGAUGCAAAUGGUUGCUGCGGAUUGGCUGCGAUCUGACAAGCGAGAAGAUGAUCUUGGUGGCCGCCCUGGGAGCAUAGUUCAGAAAUAUGCAGCAAAGGGCGGUCCAGAAUUUUUCUUUAUUGUGAACAUACAGGUGCCAGGUUCCACAACAUACAGUCUUGCCCUAUAUUACAUGAUGGGUACUCCUGUAGAAGACACACCCUUGCUAGAGAGCUUUAUUGGAGGCGAUGAUGCACAUAGAAAUUCGAGGUUUAAGCUCAUACCAUACAUAUCUAAGAUUAAGGCAAAAGGUUCAUUGAUGCAAAUGGUUGCUGCGGAUUGGCUGCGAUCUGACAAGCGAGAAGAUGAUCUUGGUGGCCGCCCUGGGAGCAUAGUUCAGAAAUAUGCAGCAAAGGGCGGUCCAGAAUUUUUCUUUAUUGUGAACAUACAGGUGCCAGGUUCCACAACAUACAGUCUUGCCCUAUAUUACAUGAUGGGUACUCCUGUAGAAGACACACCCUUGCUAGAGAGCUUUAUCGAAGGCGAUGAUGCACAUAGAAAUUCGAGGUUUAAGCUCAUACCAUACAUAUCUAAGAUUAAGGCAAAAGGUUCAUUGAUGCAAAUGGUUGCUGCGGAUUGGCUGCGAUCUGACAAGCGAGAAGAUGAUCUUGGUGGCCGCCCUGGGAGCAUAGUUCAGAAAUAUGCAGCAAAGGGCGGUCCAGAAUUUUUCUUUAUUGUGAACAUACAGGUGCCAGGUUCCACAACAUACAGUCUUGCCCUAUAUUACAUGAUGGGUACUCCUGUAGAAGACACACCCUUGCUAGAGAGCUUUAUCGAAGGCGAUGAUGCACAUAGAAAUUCGAGGUUUAAGCUCAUACCAUACAUAUCUAAGGGGUCAUGGAUUGUCAAGCAGAGUGUUGGAAAGAAAGCAUGCCUUGUGGGUCAAGCACUCGAAAUCAAUUAUUUCCGUGGGAAAAACUACUUGGAGCUUGGGAUUGAUAUUGGUUCGUCAACGGUUGCAAGGGGUGUGGUCAGCCUCGUUCUUGGUUACCUGAACAACCUAGUCAUUGAAAUGGCAUUUCUUAUACAGGGGUCAUGGAUUGUCAAGCAGAGUGUUGGAAAGAAAGCAUGCCUUGUGGGUCAAGCACUCGAAAUCAAUUAUUUCCGUGGGAAAAACUACUUGGAGCUUGGGAUUGAUAUUGGUUCGUCAACGGUUGCAAGGGGUGUGGUCAGCCUCGUUCUUGGUUACCUGAACAACCUAGUCAUUGAAAUGGCAUUUCUUAUACAGGCUAACACAACAGAGGAGCUCCCAGAAUGUCUUCUUGGAACCUGUCGUCUUAAUCAUCUGGAUGCUUCAAAAUCGAUUUUGGAAGAGAACUCCUUUGUAAAUACCAAUGAUGAUCUUUAUAGCAGGAGCUCAUUCUUUGGAAUUCAGGGGUCAUGGAUUGUCAAGCAGAGUGUUGGAAAGAAAGCAUGCCUUGUGGGUCAAGCACUCGAAAUCAAUUAUUUCCGUGGGAAAAACUACUUGGAGCUUGGGAUUGAUAUUGGUUCGUCAACGGUUGCAAGGGGUGUGGUCAGCCUCGUUCUUGGUUACCUGAACAACCUAGUCAUUGAAAUGGCAUUUCUUAUACAGGCUAACACAACAGAGGAGCUCCCAGAAUGUCUUCUUGGAACCUGUCGUCUUAAUCAUCUGGAUGCUUCAAAAUCGAUUUUGGUGCAACCUUGA